GGCCGCGGCGGACGGGGAUCCCCCGAACCCCGGCCGGACCGGAAGCGGAGCCGCCAUGUGGACCCUGUUGCCAAGAGGGAGGCAGAAGUUAUUUCAUACCGUCCUGGAUUUAUCUCCCUUCCAGUACUUGCACCUCUCCGCACACCCCGUGAAGAAAGCUUACCCCGACUUUUCCUCGUCAGUUCAAAACAGAAAGGACACUGAACCGGCACUGGAAAACAUCUUCUCCUCUGAGCAGCAGUAUGCUAUCCUGCAGGUGCUCAACACAGCAUCCGCAGAAGAACUUGCCGAGUUUCGAUUAUUGCGGGGAAGGAAGUCCGUCAACAUCGUAGAGCACAGAGAAAAACACGGACCCUUUGUAGACUUGCAGAACUUACUAGAUGUGCCCUUGUUCCAGUAUAAAACCACCGUUCAAGUAUGUAACUCUAUUCUUCUACCCUCUGAGAAUGAAAAAGAAGAGAAGAAAAGACAAGCGAGUGUAACCCUGGGAAGGCUCAUCAGACCUGAAAUAGAAAGAGCGAGGCUUAAGACAGCUAAGAGCGUCGUGUCUGUGGUUUUUGGCCUCCACAAACUGGCCUGGGCUCACCUCGAUCACAAGUUAACAGUUCUUGAUUGGCAGCAGGAAGAAUGCUCCAGACUGAUGAGAGGAGAUUACGUACCGUCUGUCUACCUGGAAGAGGUGUCUUCCAUCAUUUCCAUGAUGCCCGAAGCAGAUUUCUACGUCCUGGAAAAAAAUAGGCUCUCUGUACAGCAGGCGUCCCUGUUCCCUCUGACCUUACACUUUCACAUUAUGGAGGCCAUGCUCCACGCCCUGUUAAAUAAGACAUUCAUGCAGGAUGGCCAGCACAGGGUCUUGAGCCUGAACCGGGUUGCAGUCGGAAAGCAUUUCGGAUUAAUGGUCGGGAGCAGCCGGACCAGCGGAAAAGAUUUGGUGAAGCAGAUGCUCACGUGCUCCGUAACGGAAGCGAACCCCCGGGUGUCCUUUCUACCAGAAAAUGUGGUCCACUACCAGCAGAUGUUCUCUCCCGUGGCCCAAACCAGAGAUGAGGAGAUGUAUGAUUCUUUGCUUCAAGCAGUUGCUUUUUAUGAACUGGCAGUUUUUAAAGCUUAUUCUUAAGCAGUGGAACCCUCACGCUUUGUUUACCAGGCCUGGAAAGUUUGUCCCUAGUCUGGUCAACCCCUGACCAGGAAGCCUUCUCAAGCUACAGAACAGAUUGACUCAAAUUUUAUUCCAUUUCUCAAUCUGCCUACCUUUCGGGUAGAGAAAUGAAACACUCACAAGUAAGCAGGAAAAUAUAAAUGAAACACAAGUAAGCAGGAGAAUAUAAAUUGGAUAACCAGCCUUCUGCAAGUUGACAUCUCAAGCUUAAUACUUUUUCGUUUCAAGGGUUGGUAGAUGGGUUGGUGGGGGACUGUGGAGGUCAAAACAGAAUGUGGCCAUUAGCGGUGGGAAUGUUUUGUUACAAGCAAUGCUGCAAAACUGGAUUUUCCCCUCUUUAAAAUCAAGGAGAAUUGAAUUGAUUGGAUUCCUAUUAAAAUGUAGUUUCAAUGAGUUAAAAAAAAAAAUCUGUGUGCUUGUCAACAGUAGAGUCCCCAGUGUGAAAGGACUCUGUUAGGUGAUUGGAAAAAAAAAUAAUAAGUAUUAUCACCUGGUCCCAGACCCUAUGUACUUGGUUACCUCAAAAAUGGAGUAGCAGAUGACACGUUGGUAAAUGGAUUUUGAGAAAGAUUUAAAAAACCUCAUCUUGUUAGAGGAAAGUUUCCAUCUCUAAGUUGGGACAUGUAUUCUGCAUAGGGAGAUUGGAAAACAAUUACUUAAUAUAAAAUAUUUUAGUAAAGGUGAGUCUAAGCACUCUUCUACCAUCCGUACAUUAGACACUUGAAUUUAUUCCUUAUGUUUUUUUUGCCCCCCCAAAGAACACAGAAAUCAAGAUUGGACCUUAAUGUGGAGAAGUAUUCUAUCACUUCUUUGUUUUGGUUAGGGAGUUGGGUUAUUGUCUAUAAUAAACGGUAAAACAUCUACA